AUGGAUCCGUCAUCGUCGAGUGGGUUUGGGGUCCCAGGAUUCAUGGAUCCAGAGGAGGACAAUGCCAAUGCCAUGGGUUUUGAUUUCUUCUCCCAGCUGGAUUCCAUGCCUCCGCCUUCCAAUGCUGCAGGUGGCAUGGAGUUUUUCGCUGCCAAUGUUGUCGACCUUGACCUGAACUCAGAAGCUCCUGAUUACCCACACCUAUAA